AUGGCGGCUCGCGUCCUCGCCGCGCUCCUCGCCACCGCCCUCGCCCUCGCCCUCGCCGCCGGCCCCGCGCCCGCGCGGGCGUCCAACGACGAGGGCGACGCGCUCUACGCGCUGCGGCAGCGGCUGUCCGACCCCAACGGCGUACUGCAGAGCUGGGAUCCCACGCUCGUCAACCCCUGCACCUGGUUCCACGUCACCUGCGACCAGGCCAGCCGCGUCGUCCGCCUGGAUUUAGGCAAUUCCAACGUCUCCGGCUCCAUCGGCCCUGAGCUGGGCCGCCUUGUCAACCUCAAAUACCUGGAGCUAUACAGGAACAAUCUUGACGGCGAGAUCCCCAAGGAACUGGGCAACCUGAAGAAUCUGAUCAGCUUGGACUUGUAUGCCAACAAGCUCACUGGAGGAAUCCCCAAGUCACUUUCCAAGCUCGACUCGCUCAGAUUCAUGCGCUUGAACAACAACAAGCUUACAGGAUCAAUUCCAAGGGAGUUUGCCAAGCUCUCCAACCUGAAAGUCAUCGAUUUGUCUAACAAUGAUCUCUGUGGAACAAUUCCUGUCGAUGGACCUUUCUCAACCUUUCCUCUUCGAAGCUUUGAGAACAACAGCAGGCUCAACGGUCCAGAGCUACAAGGAUUGGUUCCCUAUGACUUUGGAUGUUAG